UGGACUCUGGUGAACUGCGGUAUACAACAAAAUGAAUCCCAUGUUCAGGUGGGAAUGGCGGGAAUAAUGUGACAAGUUGGAAAAGGUUAGAUCACGACUCCGCUUACUGUCAGUUUAUUAUCAUUAUAAUAUUUUUAUAUCGUAUAUUCCACUUUUAAAUUUAAAUUAUGUGGUGCACAACUCCUGAAAUUUCAUGGCAUAAUCGUGAUCCAGUUUUAAGUAUUGAUAUACAAGCUGGAAUCUAUGAAACGUCAAAAAAAGAAACUUUCUGGCGACUUGCAACUGGCGGCGCCGAUUCGCAUGUUUUGAUUUGGCAUUUAACUUCAAGCGAAAGUGGAGAUGUUACAGUAAAAUGUGUAGCCGAUUUAGAACGACACCAAAGAGCGGUGAACGUAGUACGGUUUUCACCUUCAAAAGAUAUUUUAGCUUCAGGAGACGAUGAGUCAACAAUUGUCUUAUGGAAACAAAAAGAGGACUGUGAAUUUUUUAUUGCCUCUGAUGAAAGUGAGAAUAAAGAACAAUGGAUUUCUUGGAAAGCAUUAAGAGGACACCUUGAAGAUGUUUAUGAUAUUAGUUGGUCUCCAAAUUCUAAUAUGCUAGUCUCAGGAUCUGUAGAUAAUACAGCAAUUUUAUGGGAUGUUCAUAAGGGUCGAUCUGUAGCUAUAUUAUCUGACCACAAGGGGUUUGUACAAGGAGUUUCAUGGGAUCCUUGCAAUCAGUACAUAUGUACCAUAAGCACAGACAGGAUAUGUCGUUUGAUUGAUAUUAAUACCAAGAAAACAGUGCAAAAAGCUUACAGAGCUAAAAUUCCAACUCCAUCUGAUCAUCCUGUAAAAGAUAAAACAGUUAGAUUAUUUUAUGAUGAUACCUUUAAGUCAUUUUUCAGAAGAUUAACAUUUUCCUUAGAUGGAAUGUUACUUAUUGUACCAUCUGGCAUAAUUGAACCUGUGGAGACUACAGAAAAAAUAUAUAAUGCAACUGUAAUUUUUUCAAGAUACAAUUUAAAAGAACCUCUUAUACUCUUACCCACUUUGGAUGAAUGUACUAUUGCAGUUAGAUGUUGUCCAAUUUAUUUUGAAUUACGGAAAGAUAGUCGAACACCUACAGUAGCAUUACCUUACAGAAUGGUAUUUGCAGUUGCUACACAGCAUUCAGUAUUCAUAUAUGAUACUCAACAAAUUUCACCAAUUUCGGUUAUAUCAAAUAUUCAUUACACAAGAUUAACUGAUGUCACAUGGUCAAGUGAUGGUAAAAUUUUAAUUGUGUCAUCGACAGAUGGUUAUUGUUCUAUAAUACAUUUUCAGAAGGGAGAACUAGGUGAAGAGUAUAAAAAGGAAAGUAGUACCCCAACAACACAUAAUGUUAGUAAUGAUUGUAAACAAACUCAAACAUUAAGUAAUGAUAGUAAAACUGAGGAUUAUUUACCAACCGUUGAUAUAGAUAACAGUGCUAUCGAUAUUGAUAUAGAACACGAAAUGAAAACUUCCAACAAAGAAUCAGAUAGUGUACUAAAUGAAAAUAACAAACUGUUAAAUGAUAGUACUAUUCCAAAACAAGAAUUAAAUAAUAAGGCAGAAUUUGAAGAAACUGAAGAUGUUAAAUUAAUUUAUACCGAAGAAAGUACUAAUGAAGUUGAUAAAGUGAAUACAAAAAUUCUUAGCAAAGCUCCCCGAAGAGUGCAAUUAAUUACACUUUCUAGCCCCAAAGGAUACAAAAAAGAUAUAACGUAAAAAAUGUGAUAGAAAGUUAUAAAAUACAUAUGCAUUUUUCUAU